GCCUACUCUUCCUCAUCCUCCUUCUCCUCCUCAUCCGCCUCCUCCUCCAUCGUCGCGCCGAGAGUGUCAUGGACGCCCCAGACCGCAGUCGCGCAUUACCAUGGUCCUCGCCACAUCGUCCGCGUGGGCUCUGAUUCUGGCACUCGGUUCCGUCGUGCUUGCCCAGGCCGACGAGACGGGGACGACGAGCACCACGACGCAGCCGACCACCACAGCUACCGUCAACAACAGCACGACGACUCCCACGGCCGCCGCCGUCGAUACCACCGUCACAUCCAGUGGUGGCAUCUGCGAAGCGCGGACCAUCAACUACAUCACGCACACCCUUCCCCAGGCCUGCCUCACCAGCUCGUGGGCGAGCGCGCGACCUGCUGCCUCCGCAAGCAAUGGCAGCAACAGCUUCUCUGGCGGCACGUCUGCCACCGCCGACACCGCCUCCGAACCGCCGGUCGUGGCUGAGACAACGCAAACGGCCGACGCGGCAGCUACCACAUUCAUGUCGUUCGAGGAUUGGAAGGAGAUGAUGCUGCGCAAGGCCGGGCAAGACCCCCAGGAAUGGCGGUCCCGCAAACCCAGCGAGCAUUCGCCCGACGACCGCAGCCCUCCCGACGCAGGACAUGUAGGCCUGGGCGAGGAGGACGAAAUAUCCCUCAACUUCGACCAGUACUCGGACGGCCAAGACAAGGGUCGGGCUGCUCCCGGCAGCGGCGGCGGCGGCGAUGGUCCAGACUCUGAUGGGGCCGCCGCCCAUGAUGCCCAGGUCUACGGCGAUGGCAAGGCGACCACCGUCCAUCGCAGCAAAGACGCUGGCAAGACAUGCAAGGAGCGCUUCUCAUACUCAUCCUUUGAUGCUGGCGCCACCGUGCUCAAGACGGCUGCUGGGGCUAAAAACGCCAGGGCCAUCCUCGUCGAGAACAAGGACACGUACAUGCUGCUCGAAUGCGCCGCGGCAUCCAAGUACGUCAUUGUCGAGUUGAGCGACGACAUCCUCGUCGAUACCAUCGUCCUGGCCAACUUUGAAUUCUUCUCCAGCAUGGUCCGCCACUUUCGCGUCAGCGUGAGCGACCGCUACCCGGUCAAGAUGGACAAGUGGCGUGAGCUGGGCACCUUUGAAGCCCGCAACUCUCGCGAUAUCCAGCCCUUCCUGGUCGAAAACCCGCAGAUCUGGGCAAAGUACGUCAGGAUUGAGUUUCUGACACAUUAUGGCAAUGAGUACUAUUGUCCCGUCUCGCUCCUCCGCGUCCACGGCUCUCGCAUGCUCGACUCAUGGAAGGACAGCGAGACCGGCCGCGACGACGAUGCUCAGAUAGAAGGGGACGGCAGCUCGCUCGGCCUCAUCCACGGCGAAGCGGCGUCGGAGCCCCCCGUGUCCACGGCUCAGGCUGGCACCCGCGACGGCGGCCCCCCGCCGCCGGACGCAUCCUCAACCUGUUCAUCAGCCGACGCGAGUCUGCCUAUCUUCUCAGCCGCCAUAUGCCCUCGGUCCGAGGCACCUUCCUCGCAAACGCCCACGCCUGUUAAAGACACAAAAGUCUCCCAUGAAGGCAAUGAACGUCGCGAACACUCAGGCACGGUCAUCCCACCAACAUCAGCAGCCUCCAAAGUAUCCACCACGCCGCGACAGGCGCCAUCAGAGACCGCCCCGUCAACGCCUGCGCCAUCCGCCGCUGGUCCAAAUUCUACCGUCGCGUCCCCCGAUAGUCGCCAAACGUUUGCAGGCAACGCCACAGCGGCCAGCUCUGGCGUGACCAGCGCGAAUGGAUCCGUCGGUGAGCGCAACAGCAGCACCGUCGUCUCUCCGUCAACCAAGGCUUCCGUGUCCAGUGCUCCAAGCGUAAAAUCGAGGGGCAGCGGAACGUCCGGUGGGCCUGCUGCUUCCCCCACCGUUCAAGAGAGCUUCUUCAAUGCCAUCACGAAGCGACUUCAGCAAGUGGAGGCGAACUUGACUCUGUCGCUCAAGUACGUCGAGGAGCAGUCCCGACAUGUGCAAGAUGCGCUGCAAAGGGGCGAACAGAAACAGCAUGGAAAGGUCACUGGAUUCCUCGACAAGCUGAACCAGACGGUGUUGGCCGAGCUUCACAACAUUCGUGAGCAGUACGACCAAAUUUGGCAGUCAACUGUUCUCGCUCUGGAAAGCCAAGCCCAAAGGUCCGAACAAGACAUGAUGGCCCUCAGCACCCGCCUCAACGUAUUGGCAGACGAAGUGGUGUUCCAAAAGCGAAUGGCCAUUGUUCAGGCCAUCAUCCUCCUCUCCUGCCUCUUCCUCGUGAUCUUCUCUCGCGGCGUAGCCUUGCCGUCACUUAGCCCUUUGUCAGACCACGGCAUGGGGACUUCGUACACAGCCCCCAAUACCCCCGGCACGCCUCGUCGUGAGGCUUAUCGAACGAGUCGCCUAGCGUAUCAGGGCACAUACCAGGGCAAGCGGAGCUUCGAGGACCCUCAGGUGUCUCUGCACUCACAAACCCCCUCAUCGGCACGAGGGGAGCUCGCCGAAUUGGUUUCGCCUGACGCCAUACCUACGGCUCGUCUGACCGAAUGCCAGAAGGCCCCUUCGGAAUACAGACGCCUGUCUCCACCACUUACCCCCAACCUGUCACCUGAGGACACGAGAACGCCAUUGGGUCCGGCGUCGCCAGAGCCAGACAUAGCUGGGGAACCCAGCAGCACAGCCAUUCGCCGCCCAGCAAACUCGUCACUUUUGGGCUCCCGAAAGCCGCUUCCGUCUCUCCCUGAACACCCAUCAUCCCCACCCCGCUAGCCGAAGUUUGGGUUGGCAGGUCCUUUUCUAGGCGUUAACAUUGUCCUCGCAACAACGGGCUUCUUCGUGGUUGACCAAAGUUAAGACUUGAUUACUAUGGUGCGGCCCACUGUCUCUUUUGCGGCGUGUCCCGAAGUUUUCUGCACGUGGCCGCACCUCCAAGAUAGGCUUGGUCGUCUUUUACUUUACAAGGUGACUCUCCUGCCCACCAAAGCGAUAGAUAGCAAAACGCCCCAUGGCUUUUUCGAGAACAAAACAGCAAUGUCCACCCAGAUCAUC